UCUAUUUUAAAAGCUACUGAUUUUCGCUAUAAAAACCCGACGGAUAUCAAUUCUGUAUUACACAUCAAGCUCUGUCAUCGAUGAAAGUGGAAGUAACUCUCAGGAUGCACAGACUCACCGUGCUUCUCGCUUUCGUUGCCCUAGUGGCCGGGAAUCCGAUAACAAACCAGACGGUGCACCACCUCGUCCAGCGAAUGGACGGUCGCAUCGUAGGUGGCGAGGAAACGACCAUCGAGGCAGCGCCGUACCAAGUGAGCUUGCAACACAAUGGUCGCCACUUCUGCGGAGGUAGCAUAAUCGCUAAGAACUGGGUGCUAACCGCUGGACAUUGCACCGAUUUCCCAGCCAGCGGCUACCUCGUACGUUCCGGUUCGACCGACGUCAAUUCCGGUGGUUCAGUGCAUCGAGUUCAGCAAGUGAUCAGACACGAAAACUAUGGCAGCGAUCGUCACGGUAUCCCGUCGAACGAUGUCGCCCUGCUUCGUGUGGUGGGCGAGUUCCAAUUCAACAACGCCAGGAAACCUGUAUCACUGUAUCAAGGAAAUCCCGAUGCUCUUGUUAACAAAUACGGAUUGAUCACCGGUUGGGGUACCACCGAAUCCGGUCAGCUUCCGGCGCGUCUCCGCAAGGUAUCGGUUCCUAUAAUCUCGAGACCGUCGUGCAACGCAGCGUACAAGGAGGUCGGCGGAAUUCCUCAGUGGGAAAUUUGCGCUGGAGUUCCGAAGGGAGGCAAAGACUCUUGCCAAGGUGACUCUGGUGGCCCCUUUGUUCUCAAUGGCAAACUCGUGGGAAUCGUCUCUUGGGGUAUGGGCUGCGGAACUCCUAAGUAUCCAGGCGUUUACACCGACGUUUCCCACUAUAGCUCAUGGAUCAAGCAACACGCUCGUAUCUAACUCGCGAACAACCCUUUUCUCCAGUUAAAAAAAUACUCGACGAAUCGGUGCACAAAUCGUGUUGAUAACGAUUCUAAUCGUGGUAUACUGUAGAUACGGUAUACAUGUACAUGCAAAUUUAAGGACAAAUGAUACAGAUUCGUAGAAAACUUUCUUUCUCUCUAUUUAUCUUUUUCAAGAUUUGUUAUUAACGCGCGGAGAUUAAACGGAAUUUCAUAUGUAACAGAGAGUAAAUUUUGUAAUAAUAUCCAUCAGCCAUGUAAAUAGCGACUGUACAGAAAAUAAA